AUUAUGAGAAAAUGAAAGAAACAAUGGUUUCUAGAUGGGAAAAAAUGAACAUUCCUAUGCAUUGCUUAGGAUUUGCUCUUAAUCCGUUUUUUUAUGAUGUCAAUUACCUGAAUUCUCCUGCUCCGGGUGGGGAGCCCAGGCGAUCUCCAAAUUGUGAUAGGGAAGUUGUUAAUGGAGUUCUUAGGGCUUUUGACAAGGUUGGAGAAGAUGAAGAGGAAAGGCGAGUUUUCCGUAUGCAGUUGGCUAAAUUUCAGGCUAAAGAAGGCAUAUUUGGGACACUCGCUGCAAGGAUUGACGCUGUUACAAUGAGUCCUAUUUCUUCGUGGUCGACUUAUGGGGCUGAAACACCGGAGCUAGCUGAAAUUGCUAAGAAAGUACUGUCACAGCCGAUAAGUAGCUCAUCAGCAGAAAGAAUAUGGACAACAUCAGGCUCAUUUCGCGUUUCACGAAGAACUAUAAUGAUGGGCCAUAUCGGAAGUGGGAUAUUAAUCCAGAGGUGACUUAUCUAGAUGAUUCAGCGACAAGACUAGAGGAAUUGAGGUGGGGGGAAAGGCCUGAAGAGGAAAACACAACACAAGCAUCUAAAAGAAAGAAGUACUGAAGAA